GUAGUCUCCCUUUCUGGCAGAGGAAGGGGAACGGGGAAAACAGGGUAUAGUGUUAAAUGGACUACAAUUCCCAGAGGUGACCGCGGCACGAAGGCGGGGUUAGGCAGGCAGACGGACGUGUCUUGUGACAAAUUGGGGGAAAGGGAUCCUCUUUCUGUUGCAGAAAUGGCUUAUGUUAAAAGUGGAUGGCUGCUUCGGCAAAGUACUAUUUUAAAGCGAUGGAAGAACAACUGGUUUGACCUGUGGUCCAAUGGCCAGCUCGUCUACUAUGACGAUCAGAUGCGAGAAGACAUGGAAGAUAAGAUCCAUUUAAGAAUAGACUGUAUUAACAUUCGAUCUGGAUCAGAGUGUAGAGAUUUCCAGCCUCCUGAAGGAAAGCCUCGAGACUGCUUACUUCAGAUUCUGUGCAGGGAUGAGAGAACUAUCAACCUUUGUGCUGAAAGUGCUGAUGAUUGCCUGGCCUGGAAACUUGCACUUCAGGAGGCACGGACAAACACAAGCCUUGCUCCCGAAAUUGCCUUGGAUGAUGUUGCUUACGCCUCUGCUCCCCCACCUUAUACAAGUUACCCUGCAGCACCAGCGCAGGUUUACAGUUAUGAUUCAUAUAGUGGUACUUAUACUGCUCAGCCACCAACUGCUUCACAGCAAGUAGUCUACACAUCCAAUGGACAGCCUUACGCAGUGACCUAUCAGUAUCCCUAUAAUGGUCCUUACCCACCACCGACCAAUCACGUGAUUAUUGAAGACCGGCGGCGUGAUGAUGGUGACCUUGCUCUGGGCAUGGUGGCAGGUGCUGCCACUGGCAUGGCACUGGGCUCACUGUUCUGGGCAUUCUAGAACUCUGGACAGCUGAGUUCUUCUGCUACUUACAUUGCCUUCACUUUCCUGGUAGACUUCCUCCAUGCAGUUUACACCUUACCUCAAGUCCAUAUCACUUACUGCACUCAUACAAUUGCUUUGUUACUAUAUGAUACUUUUAAUCUUAUUAAAGCAAAUUCUGCAAUCUUGAGUGACCUGUCUGAGCAAAAUUAAGUCGUGUGUCUGUUUAUGUCAAAAAAUAGCAAAAUUUAAAAUUAACUUACUUUUAGUCAUGGCUUUCUUGAAAUGUCAAUGCGUUUCUCAAAUUCUAAUUUUAUAACUUCAAGAAUUAUUUUGAACAUGAAUGUGAGAUAAGAGAGUGUUGGAGUGGAGUUGGUAUACUGUCAUGGGUUGGUUUUUGAGUUCAGUCCAGGAUAUUGAGAUUAAAUUUUUUCAUACUUAUCAUCUCUACUCUUUUGACGUGCGGAUUGAAUUGUAGUGCACAUUCGGCUGAAUCUGGGUCUUUCAUAUCAAGUGGGCGAGUUAGUUCCUACUCAACUCACUUUCAGGUGUGACUAGGAAAAUGUAAUUUCAAGCUGUUAUCAGUCUGCUUAGCAACCAGUUAACGAGGGUGCUCUGCUGGUGUAUUGAGAAGUUACUGCCUUGGUUGCAACAUAGAUUUACAAGUGUCAUCGGGUUUUUGUCUCAAAAAAAAGACCCUUUAGGUUAGGGUUGAUCUCUAUAUUUGCAAAAUUACUCUAGACACCAAAUUUAGAUAUUCUUCAUUAGUUGCUAACAAUGGGGGAAAGAAGUCCCAGUAAAUUGCACCCCAACUGUGUAUACCGUGGAUAGGCCAACAUACAAGGAAUGUGAGAGGCAAAAUGUGCAAAUUGUCCACAUUCUUCUUUAUUGCUGUUUCCCAUCCCAAAGUUAAUAUGCUGAUUUACCCAAGAGAAGUUGAGGAAAGAACAGCCAGUCUGAUGAAAGCCAUCACCAUUACUGAACUCUCUCCUAUUUGGUACGUAAUUGAAUGUCCUGAAUGUUUGUGCCUCUAUUGAGGCCAUGCAUUUCUCACUAAAUAAUAAAGAUCUCAUCUGCAUACACUUCCUAUUCACCAGGACAGAUUAAUAAUUUGUACUCUGACUCAACCACAAUAGAGGAUGCAAAAACAGAAUGGAGAAUUCUCUCUGCACAAAUAUCCUAUUGUUCCUGAACUAUUAACUAGUCUUUUCUGUUCAAGGAUCUUAUGUCUAACAUUUUUAGCCCUUACCUGUGUCCUCAGGCAUCAUUUUCCUGACUUGGUUAUAAAUGUUGUUAACUUGUUCUGUUUUGGAAUUUAGAUGCCCACUUGAGCCAACUCCUGGCAAAGUAUUGAGUUCAUACUUCCUAAAUCCUUCCUCAAAAUGUUGUACUCUGGAUCAUUCUCACUGAUUUUCAUAAUACAUUUUUCAUAAUGCAUGCUGGUUUUCCCUUGUGCCAUUGUCACUAAACCUGAAGCCAGUGCUUUGCAUGGUGUCUGACAAGAGCAUCAUAAAGCCUCUCUAUCACUUAUGUCUGAUUGUUCACACUCUCCAUCCCAGUGUUUUAAUUGACUUUUCACUUUGUUCAGCACAUUGCCUCAACAUAGAAAGUGACUUCAAAAAACCUGUCUCUACAUCUAUCCGUUUUUAUCCAGUUUUGGAUGCUUAAAAUGCACAACAUUUUAAAUCAAUAUAAUUUAUAUUUACUCAAAUUAAAUUUCAGCUACCAUUUGCCAAUUUAAUUGCAUUAUAUUUCACUUCUUUAAAAAAGAGCCAUUUCAUGAACCAUUAGAUAAAUGAAUCUCUCUUUCCUUGCUUUCCAGUUUGCAUCCUUGAUAUCCUGUGUCAAAUUGAAGUUUUGUAGGUGUCCAAUGCCUAUCACUUUAAUUGUGUCAGACUGCAAAGGUGAUGUAACCUUUUGAAGUCUGAAAUCAUAUUGUUUUACUUUUUUUCAACUUUCUAUUUUGUACUUCCAGUGUUCAAUUUGAUGCUGUGCAUAUGAAUUCUUCUUAAAUAUACUAAUAUCUCUCUCUUUGUCUAUCCAGCCCUCUGCUAAUAUUCUGGCCACACCAUUACCAUCAAAUGUUAUGUAGCUUUUGUCUCUGACUUGAACCUGACAUGACGAUUUGUAUUUAACUCCGCCUUGAAGGUAAAGAUGCAGUAAAUUUAGAAGCAACUUAGUGGAAAUCAAUGGGGUUGACAUCACUAUUGAAAGAUUAGUGUUAUCCAGACAGAACCGACCUGUGAAUUUAGUGAAGACGAAAUCUGAAUAGGUAGACAUUUAUUUCAUAACUAUGGCUGGGUGCAAGAUUCAGAAAAGAAAUGUUGAAUUGCUUUACCUGUUGCAACUAUUGGAUAUAGUCAGAACAGUCCGUUGUUGAUGGAAAAACUUUUGCACUUUUAGUUGCUGUAACUUACAAUUUCUAAGUCUUAAGCUUCAACUCCAUGCAGUUUGAGAUGGUUUUAUAGACUCCUACAUCAUAGUCUUCACAUGAGCUCUGCAAAGCUAGUCUUCCCCUUCCCACACCUGUACCACUGAAAAAUUUGGUAACCAGUAUUCCGCUGUGCACUCUGCUUCUUCUUUGGGGUAAUCAGAUGUUCGAGCCAAGUGUUUUUAAAAAUUGAAGGAAACUGACUGUGGGCAAAGCACUUCAGUAAAAGACUAGACAAAAAAAUUGCUUGGAAUCAACUUGUGUCUCUAAGCUUUGUCUGAACUUCAAACUGCUCCUGGCUAAUCAGGUGUGCCUUUUUCUUAAACUCUGAAGACUGCUUUUUUUUUGUUGUUGCAGUGAAUUGUUUAUCUGUGCUAGCCUGGAAAUUCCAACUUGUUGAUAGACCAGCAUAAAUACAGCCAAGGUUUUGAGUUUUAGCUAAUAGUGGGCAAUAUCGCCUGUCUCUGCCUUUUGGGUUUAUCAACUGCUGGAUCUUGAGUUUACCUUGGACUGUUAUGAUGAUGUCAUCAAUAAGGAAGGAACCAAGACAGUGCCUGUCCCCUUCACAUGACUCUUCCACUAAAUUCUGCUUGCCAUUCUUUCCUCGGACCUCAUUUUGUAUUUGCCUCUCUCGAAACCAACAGGAAAACCUACCUUUUGGACGCAUAAUAAUGAGGAAGUGUGGAAGGUGGGUUGAUGGUGUUUUAUUGUCUGCAAUAAAUGAGCAGUUGAGUAGAAGCAGUGUUUUUAUUUUUGGGGAGGUUAAAAAGAGUACACAUGGUGAUCAGUCUGAAGUUCAUCCUCCAGUCAGUUUUCUUAAUUAAAAGAGGUUGCUUAAGGUUUUUUCUCUCAAUGAUUUCCUGACUAAUUAUAAGUUCUGUUAGAUAUGUGACCCCCACAUCUUAACUAUUAGAACAACUACAUUAUCCAAUGUGCUUUGUCUUAUUCAGCAGACUAAUGACAUUGACCAAUCAGAUCGGCUUUUUAGCCCAUUUACAAUUAAGUCUCUGUCCAGAAACGACAGACCUUGGGGGAGAAAAAAAUGGCUGAAGGGGGGGAAGCAGUGAGUUGUAAGCAAUAAGUUGUUGACCUCAACAAAUAGGGUGGACAAGAGAAUGUAAACAGAGGAGAAUGCAGUGGGAAGGUGAGGCAAGUGCUGAAAGUUGAUGAGAAUUUUGGUUUUGAAAAUGGAAGCGAUACAAUGAAGUGACACUGUGUACAAUUCAGCGGUUGAAAUGAAUUGCUAUUUUGUAGCCCUGUUGAAUGCACACUGCAGUCGUCUACACUUUUUUAUUCCCUCUGAUCUCUAUUCUCUCUAUGCUUCUCUCUUUGGAUCCAUUUUCUGUGUUUUUGCACUAAUUGUUGGAGAUGUGUCCUCUGCUGUGAAAUUGUGCAAUUUCUGUGUGUGCAGAUGUUACCUUUAUAAUUCUUGUUGAUUACUAUGAUUAAUGAUCAGUGCAAUAACGCUUCUAGAAAUGUUCUGUCAAAAGUAGUUGAGUCGGUUGUAUUUCUGUGAUCAAUAUUGCUGAUUUAUAUCAUAAAACUUUGUUUCUGUGGAAUGAGAUUGUGUACUUAAAUAAACCGAUUUAAUUGUA